ACACAAGAGAGAGAGAGACAGAGAGACAGAGAGACAGAGAGAGGGAGGGGAGAAAUACACACACAAGCAUAACAUAAGAAGAGUAAUGUAACCACAUGUGCACAAACCCCUAAGAUAAAGAUUAUUUUGAAUCAUGAAUUUAAGUAUACUGGUAAAUAAAUGCUGUUAUAUACACCUGUUGUGUGAGUAACAAUUCAGGGAAAUCUCUUCAGGGUCCUCUCCUUUAUCUUCAGUGUUAUCUUCAUGGAAGUGGCAGAUGUCCUGGAAAUUUAAUUUUGCAUCAUAUGGUCCUUUAUUCUUCUUUAAUAACUGUCCCAAGCAUAUUUACACAAUGAGGAAGGGGAUAAUGAGUCCGGUAACACGUGGUGUAUGAAAACGUGCCUAUGUCUGAAAAUUCCACAUGCUUUGCUGUAUUCAAGUCCGUUUCUCAGUGAAUCGAGUGAACUAAAUUCUAACAUUUGAACAGUUUGAAGACACAGAGAUUGCAUGCUUCCUCAUCCUUUCCCUUUGAUCAACAGUGCUGCUUAACUCAUUUUGUUGAACCUUCUCUGUGUUAUAUUGUUUGAUGAUGCAGAGUAUGUUUUGGAGUGUGACUUUUUCAUGUAAGUAGCAUAUCCCAUCCUCAAACCUGGUACUGAAGGGUAAAAGGUGGCUGCUAAGUUAUGAAUUUCAUGGAGGUGUAAGGAGCAACAAAUAUAUGGAGACCUUAUUUGCCAUGCCGCAUCAAAUCCACUUUCAACACUCACAUUUCCUAAGUGUAUCUGGUUGAAUCAGUGAGUGCUCUGGGUAGCCUAUCUAAGCUAGCAUUAUGGAAUUUGAUCACUUGUUUUGUGACCAAAUCCACUGGGCAAAACCCCUUCACAGCUUGGAAUGAAUCCUUCAGACAUUUGAAGUCACUCCUACUGUACCUAGAUAAUGGUUAUGUUAGUUACUUUCUAUGGCUGUAAGAAAAGACCAUGAGAAAGACAACUUCCAGAAGAAAGGGUGUGUUUGAAGUUGGGCUCAUGGUUCCAGUGGAAUGCACACAUCACCAUCAUGGCUCAGGCAGCAGGCAUGGUACUGAAGCAGCAGCAGAAUGAUCACAUAUUGACCUACACAGGAAAGAGAGAACUUUACGAGAAUGGCACCUGUCUAGUGUAAUCUUAAAGCCCAUCCCAGUUACACAUAUCCAACAAAAAGGCCACAACUUCUAAUCCUUUCCAGAAUAGGUCAGCCAUCUGGAGAGCAAGCAUUAUAUGAGCCUAUGGGCCUCUGACAUUCAAGCCACCACAGAGGUGCUGGAUCAAGUCAUUAUAUUCAUCCUCUCUGUGUAACAACAGUCAUGGUGAUGCAGGAUAGCUGAUCAUGCUGUGCUUGUGUUUGAUUGUGUUGUUUACUCAAUAAACUCUUGUCUAGUUAUUGUGUGACUCAGCCUUUGCACCAAACUUUAAUCCCUCUAGCCAGAAUACAGACACCUCCUUAGUAAACACCAUAAUCCUAAACAAUCAAGGUAAAGUUAGUUUGUAGAAUGAAGCACCUUGUCUGAAAGUGAUGUCUAAUUGCAUGGCAGAGAAGUUGAUGAAUCAGAGAAAGUUUUGAUUAAAUAGAAUGUGUCCAACUCUCUCAAGAAGAAAGGAAAGGGAAGCUACUUGAGAGGUAGUGCAGAGAGAAACAGAGAGAGGAGGCAUUUUUACCCAGACAGUUUUAGAGAGAUUCAUUGAAGAGAGAACCAGCAAGACACGGGUGAAGGCAGAAUGAACCAGAGAAUAUGAAGGAGUCAGAAGAUUAGAAAAAAAAUUGCUAGUUAGUUUGAGGUCAAGCAGAACAAAAAACAUCAGAGGCCAAGAGAGAAUCCAGACUGAAUCAGUUAGCAUGGGGAGCAGCUUUGAGCUAGAACACCUGAGUUGAACCAGUCAGCCAGAGAUGAAAAAGAACCAGAAAUAACGGUGUGCUUAUUCAGCAGUAAGUAUGAGAGGCAGAAAAUAUUCUAGGCCUAUGCUAAGUUUCACAGAGGCUAGAAGCUUCCAGGACUAGGUCUAGGUUAUCACUCAAAUGGAGGUAGUAAGCAUCAAAGAUUACAAUUACACCUAGUGCAUAAAAGUUACUUUGACAUAGAGCUAAUAGGUGAGAUUUUGGAAGGCAUAUAUAGAAUCCAUCCAUGGAACUCAGCAAUUCCCCUCUGCUGUAGGUAGUGACAUACUUGAUUCAUGCAUUUUACAAUUCAGCUCCACUGUUCUGAUAUCCCAGGUAUCUAAUGGACAACUGUGGAAGAUCAUUCAUUGGGGAAGGGUUAGUGUAGUGCAGAAGAGAGAGGUUCCUUUUGUUUUCAGAGCACCUCACUGCCCUAUUCACCUCAUCUGGCUGGAAUUCAAAAUUCAGGUCAUAAGGACAGGAGAGGACACAUUUUGUCCUUUCUUUUUAUGUCUUUCCAUUUUGUAGAGAAUGAUGAUGUGAGGUAGCAAAGAGCAGAAGAUAAAAGCAUAACACUAAGCAGGUCCCCAUCAAAGAUUUCUAGAUACUCUGGGCCUUUUACUCAUCAUGCACAAAGGAAGCAGAGGUUGCUAAAUAUCAGAUAGUGUCCUUAGUGAUGAAGUUGGUCUGAAUACAGAAACAUUUUGGGGACUAUAAAUCAAGAUUCUGACAUUAGCAGACAGGUGAUAAAAUGAAUAAAAUCAGUGAAACUUUAAAUCAAAAGUAACAUUGCCAAUUUUCCUUAUAGGUGCGAGGAAAUAAACCACCUAUUUUCCGUACCUUUCCUCGGAAGCAUAGAAUUCAUGUGCUUGAGGCUCCUGGUGACAUUGAGCCAACUCAUUCCACCUGUGCUGCUGACAGCAGGGCUCCUGCUGAUGCUGAGCCAAAUUCUUCCACCUGUGCUGCUGUCAAUGGGGCUCCUGCUGGUGUUGAGCCAACUACUUCUUCCCAGUGUGCUCCUGACUGUGAGGAUCCUGCAGUCAUUGAGCCAACUCAUUCCACUUGUGCUGCUGACCGCAGGGCUCCUGCUGAUGCUGAGCCAAAUUCUUCCACCUGUGCUGCUGUCAAUGGGGCUCCUGCUGAUGUUGAGCCAUCUACUUCACAACUUGUUCCUGACAGUGGUGCUCCUGGUGAUGUUGAGCCAACUACUUCCCAGUGUGCUCCUGACUGUGAGGAUCCUGCAGUCAUUGAGCCAACUCAUUCCACCUGUGCUGCUGACAGCAGGGCUCCUGCUGAUGCUGAGCCAAAUUCUUCCACCUGUGCUGCUGUCAAUGGGGCUCCUGCUGAUGAUGAGCCAACUACUUCUUCCCAGUGUGCUCCUGACUGUGAGGAUCCUGCAGUCAUUGAGCCAACUCAUUCCACAUGUGCUGCUGACAGCAGGGCUCCUGCUGAUGCUGAACCAAAUUCUUCCACCUGUGCUGCUGUCAAUGGGGCUCCUGCUGAUGUUGAGCCAACUACUUCAGAACUUGUUCCUGACAGCGGUGCUCCUGCUGAUGUUGAGCCAACUACUUCCCAGUGUGCUCCUGACUGUGAGGAUCCUGCAGUCAUUGAGCCAACUCAUUCCACCUGUGCUGCUGACAGCAGGGCUCCUGCUGAUGCUGAGCCAAAUUCUUCCACCUGUGCUGCUGUCAAUGGGGCUACUGAUGAUGUUGAGCCAACUACUUCUUCCCAGUGUGCUCCUGACUGUGAGGAUCCUGCAGUCAUUGAGCCAACUCAUUCCACCUGUGCUGCUGACAGCAGGGCUCCUGCUCACAUAGAACCAACUCCUUCACAACUUGCUCCUGACAGGGGUGCUCCUGCUGAUGUUGAGCCGACUCAUUCCACCUGUGCUGUUGACACCAGGAUUCCUGCUGGCAUAGAACCAAGUCCUUCACAAUGUGCUCCUGACAGUCCUGCUCCUUCUGAUAUUGGUGAGGAAUCCAGUCCUGUUGCUGACCCAGAUGAAGAUAUAGCUGAGGAUUUUUAUGACGCUUUAGAGUCAUCUGAUCACACUGGCCAUAGCGGGUCCACUGUCCAGAUACCUGGUUUUCUUUGGGAACCAGAUAUGCUACUGCUGCCGGUAAUGCCCUUGAUGUGGUUUCUUACAUUCCUGUUAUCAAUGAUGAUGUGGAUUAGAAAUGGAAUUCGCAAGUGUGCUACGAAGAAAAUGGCCAAGGACCUCCCUCCAAGAGAAAAGAUAAACCCGAUGCCGCUGGAGCUGAACACUCCAACACACACUGAUAUAUGAAGACAAAGUGUGUGAAGAGGAAGUUUAUUAUGUAUAUGUUAAUAUAAAAAUUUUAUAUAUAAAUAAAAUGUU